CAUAUACUUCUCGAGGACUCAUUGGCGCGCUCAAAAAAUCGAAGAGAUCCUCAUGUAUGGACACGUAUCCUUAACAACUAAUGAAGUGAAUAUUCCAGCAAAUAAUAAUAUUGAGUUGUCAGUUAUGAGCAAUAAGUUGAAGUGGAUAGACAUGGAUGCUAUAUUCGAGCAUUCAGUGAUUCAAUUCGUUCUAUAAUUUACUUCAAAUUGAAACAAUAAUUUAAAAAGAAGUUAAGAUUAUCUGAGGAUUUUCGAUUUUUUGAUAAUUUAGAAUUUUAAUUCCAUUAUUCAUCAUUAAAAUCAGUAUAAAAAUGUGGAAAGAAAUUAUUAUUUUGUGUUUGUUUGUAAAUUUCAUUGUGUGUGACAAUAUUAAUGAAAGUGAUGCAGCACCAACUGAUUUGGAAAUUUUUCACAAUGAUACGAAACAACUACUUGAGCUGUGCUUCCCUGAUAAAUUAAACCCAGCGGUUAUAACUGUUGAUUUGAUUGACAUCAUGUUCGAAAUUUCAAUAAACGAAGUGGUCAACGCGUCCAUUGUAACGAUCGAUAAUGAUUUCGAGUCAACUGUGAUGAAAUGGCACUAUCCAAAUCAUCCCUCGUAUAUUGUAUCAGCAGAGACUGAUAGAAAACUAAAAGCUCUUCUUCACGAAAUAAAAUCGUCGAUAAUUUGGAACGUCGAGUCAUUGGUUUUCGUUGUUGGUGAAAACUGUGGAAAGGCAAUGAAAGUACUGAGAAUGGUGUGGAAUAUUGAAGCCCUUGGAUCAUUUUACGUUUGUCGAGAUCAAGUCAACAAAACUACGCUGGUGUAUACAUUUAACCCCUACACUGAUAGAGCACCGAAACCCUGGAGUAGAGUUAAAAAGAAAACGAGUGAUAAUCGAUGGACAUUGUAUAGGCAGUCAUUUAAAAACGAUUUGGAAUCGUGUCAAAGUUAUCAUUUUGACAAAACCAGAAAUAUGGACGGUUAUCCAGUAAAAGGUUAUGCACGUAAUUCACUCUUCGAUGAUUCAUCAAAUGAAUUUACACCUGAAGCACUCGAUUUGCAGUUCGGAAACCCGUAUUUCGUUUUUGAAAAGAUAUUUUCAAUGUUGAAUGUCACACCGGUGAUGAAUUACUAUAUUUUCGGUGAUGUUCCACAUUCUGUCAGAACUAAAAAAUUAUUUAAUAAUGAUAAGUUCGAUGUAUGGAUGGAUUUAAAACCACUCGAUCUACUUUAUUACGAAUAUCUCGAUUUUGUUCCGCUAUACUCAGAAGAAGGCUACACGAUAAUAACGAACUCGCGUUCUGUUCCAAUCCUUGAGGAAAUUGUCGACGGUAUGUUUAGUCAUCAAACUCUGAUACUUUCGAUUUUCAUUCUAACUAGUAUCUUUGUACUUAUUUUAAUCAAUAAUAAGUUUAAUUUUAUCGACACCUUGUUUGAUAUCUUGUUGUUGGUGUUGAAUAUGGGGAUGAAGACACCCAUAGAACGUUUAUUCAUGCGUAUUACUUUUCUGGCCACAUCUUUAUUUAUGUUGAUGUUUAAUCCGGCAUUAGAGGGUCAACUCAUGGCAAUGCUGGCAAAACCGAGUUACCGUAGGGUUGAAAAUCUAGAUGAUUUACAUUCAAAUGAAUAUAAAGUCUUCUUCGACGAUAGAAUCCGCGAUUAUAUAGCUGAGACACAAAUAUGGUUAAGUGAUUCUGAUAAGGAAUACUUGUAUGAGCAAGACGCGCUUGAUUUUAGUCGAUGCCAAGAGCGCAUUACGAGAGAAUAUUUUGAUCUGGCAGAAACCCAAUUAUUGAUAUUUGAUACACUCCCAUUCAUCGAUCCAGUUCCGAUGAAUGAUUCACUUCUAGUAAAUGUUUCUCAUCUGAUUAAUGAUUCCCGUCCGAUUAAUAUGUCGAGUCCGAUAAAGAGUUCAUUUCCGGAAUAUGCUUCAGUUACGAAAAAUACUUUAGCGGCUUGUAUAUUUGCUUAUCGGUAUCGUAACAAUGCAUUAGGCGACAAUUUAUAUAUAUCAAAGGACUUAUUAUUUAAAUCGUACAACGUGUUUAUGAGUCGUAAACGUUGGAGUUUGAAAAACAAAAUCGAUAAAGCAGCAAUGAAUAUUUUUGAAACCGGUCACAUUCAUUACGCCGAACGCUUUGAACGAUAUAAAGAAUUAAAAAGAAAAAAGAAAUUAGCUGCUAGAAUCGAAUCAUAUAAAAGUGGAUUCGAUCAAUUACAGUUUGAAGAUUUUCGAAUGGUUUAUAUUUUCUGUACAUUGAGCUUAAUGUGGAUAAUCACUGUUUUUAUUUUUGAGGUAUUGUUCUACGAAAUAACGGCAUUAUGUGACAAACGUUCACAAAAAUUAAAAAUGAAACGAAUUAAACUACGGCGAAAAUUAGCAUUGAUCAAUAAACAAACUUCCGUUGCUGAAACACGGGUGUGAUUAUUCGUAUUGCUGUAAUGUUGCGUAAUUUUUAUGACUACAUUAAUUCAUUUAUGUUACUUAGUGUCAUUGAAGUAAUUGACAGAUAAUUAAGAUACUUAUCAAAGACGCGCUGUAAAGGACAAGGAUCCUCGCAUAAUUGAGUCGGAGUUUUGAAUUCUAAUCUAACGUUUUAAAUGUAAUUUAAAAGAAAAAAUUGUUGAAACGGUCUUUUUAGUAUUCGAUUUGCCGAACAUUUCACAUUACCAAAUUACAAACCGUAAAAAUUUUCCUUUUGUUUAAAGUUAUUUAAUUUUUGACCAUGAAAUUAAAUAACAAAUGAUUAUAGUUUUUUAUUUUAUUAGUUUAUAGAGUUGUAUAUUCCAUUUUCUGCCCUUAAGCUGAGUAAUUAAAUAUUGCGUGUUCUGUUGUUUGACUUGUGUAUCUAUUGAUUGAUAUUGUGUGUCGUUAAAAUGAUUGACAUUUGAAUAAAAUAUAUAUAGAUUAAAAAUUAUUGAUCGCCCGUUGGCACAAAAUUAAAAUUUUUAUGUUUUCGAUGGAAUAAAUCACAUAUAAUUCUUUUGAAAAUCGUUCCUUGUUGUGGGAUUUCUAUAGCAAGUAUAUAAACAUAUAUAGAUAUAUACAUAAUAGGGAAGCUAAAAAAAAAUUUUGUUUCCACUUUUACCCUCAAAAAGCUUGAGUGCGGUAAAAAAAAAAUCACCGCUUUUGAGUAAAAAUUUUUAGUUUAAAAGAAGUCGCUCAAGAAUUUUCAAAAUCUAAAAAACAUUUAAACAAUCAAGUGUUUUAUUUCCGCAAAUUUGUAUUCUGAAAUAGCAAAAAUUCCUACGUAUCAAAUAAGUCAUCUUCUAGCAAUUUUACUUAAAAACAUGAAUUUCAUGAAGACGCGUAAAAACUUCAGUUUUCAAAUCUCAAACUUGGAGAGAAUUUUUCUUUCACUACACCCUUAUAACUUUUUGAAGGGUGCACGAAGAAAAAAAUUAAAGAAUAUUUACUAAAUUUGAAAAAAAAAUUACAAUCUGAUGAAGUAAUCUCAAAAUGUAGAAAAAAAUCAAAACUUUUACAUAACUCAAAGUAAAAAUUACAACAUCUUAUUUAGAAUAAUAAUAUCUGUACAUUAUAAAAAUUACUGCAUUCAAAAUAAAAUUUACUAACAACGAAAUGAAAACUAUAAUGUACCAAUCAUUUUUACUAGUGUAUUUAUUAAAUAUUAUUUAACGCGCGUUGUGAAAGAUGUGUUCUGGCGAGUAAUUUUUACAAUCCAGAUUGUAAUUUUUACAAUCCAGAUAGUAAUUUUGUCCCCACUCCUAAAAUAAUAAUCAUGCGCGUCGGGAGACGCGUAUUCAUGUAUUACCUUCUGACGAACAGGACUUACACACACACA